AUGGGAGAGCCACAAACAGAAGAGAACCCUGAAUUGAGCGCGAGCUUGGGAAACAAAUUGGACGGCAAAGUAGAGCUUUCCAACGAGCAACAAAACACAAAAACCAGUGACAUGUAUAAAAGUUCAAACUUUCUGGUAGAGAAAAGAGGUGAGGUAAGAGAAGAAACCGGAGCAGAUACUGAGGAAGGAAUUGAGCAAAAAACCGAGAAAGGAGUUGGAAAAGAGGAAACUGGAGACGAUUACGAUGAAGAUGCGGCCAUACAACUCCAAAAUGCCAAGCCAUCGAGUUCACGACUAUUGGAUAAACAUACAAGCUCGUUAUCACCUGGUAACUCCAGAAUUACACCAAAACCGUAUAUGAUUAGAAUUGCAAACAUUGCAAAUGGUGUCAGCGAAGUGGUUCUCAAUGAUUUUUUACAAAGUCAUAUUGACAACUCAACGUUCAAAAUUGUUAAAUUGAGCAAAAAUGAACCCUGGUGGGCUGUGGUCAAAGUGGAAAAUUUAAGACUUUGCAACAUUCUAAUUGAAAAACUCGACCAAUCUUUUUAUAAGGGCCAAAAGUUGGCGUUGGAAAUGGAGAACGGAAUUGAAGAAAAGUCGAUAAAUGGAAGGAGACAACUGGCAAAUCAUACUUUGCAGUUUAACAAAUCGUUUGUCCCGGCACAAACUCCACAAAGAGGUAUAUCGCACACGGAGAGCGGUUUUGCUCAGCGCAACUUCUCUUCCACAACUUCAUCUUCAACUUCAUCUUCAACUUCAUCUUCAUUAUCACACGCAUUAGGGGUAAGAUCCCGGAGAUCAAAUACUUCGCUUGCCAGUAGCCGUGCUGACUCGGUGUUUUCACAUCGUUCAAAUGCGCGAGGCUCAAGUGCGUCGAGUUUAGGCACGCAUGACCUGCUAUCCCAGAAACAGCCUGUUCCUUCUUUUAUAAUGAACAUGGUUCAGAAUAGACAAUUUUCAAGAGAUGUUGGAGCUAAGGAACUGAAAACGGAAACGAAAACGGAACUGAAAACGGAAACGGAAUUAGAAGCAACACAACCUGAACAAUCGCAUCUGGAGUCUUUACAGUUUCAAUCUAACCAUAAAGGUAAGCAACUGCACGAAGCAACUCCUGAUACUAUUCAGGUAGAGGUUGGAGAGGGUAAGAAUCCAGAACAAUUAAUAAAUGUGAACCCAACAAGAUUAUUUAUAGGGAAUGUGCCAUAUACGUCAAAUUGGGCUUCGUUGAAAAAGUUUCUUUCGGAAAGAGCUAGCGAAAUCGAACCUGGUAACUCAAUCUCGAUAUUACGAGUAGAGAUUCCUAUUCAACAAGUCUCUGUGGAUGGUAGUUUCCUCAUGUACCGACAUAUGGGGCCACAGAUCCUCACAAAGAGUCGAGGGUUUGCAAUUGUAACCACGAAAGAUCAACAUUCGUCAGAAAAAAUAAUCAAGUACUUUGACAAUGUUGAAUUUGAAGGCCGACAACUCACUGUUCGAUAUGAUAGGUUUCCCCAUUACAGCAACUACGCUCUUCAGCAAAUCAAACCAGCACAUUUGUCACUACAACCACAUUCACUACCGGUACCUGUAUCUAAUGCACUGGGUUUUCAAUCCACAAUCAGUGGGUCUCGAAACAUUAUGCCACUUGCACCUCAAGGACCAUAUAACCAUGCUCCUUUGGUGACAAAUGCUCCACAAAUGUUUGCAAAUGAAUAUAUGCCGCAAGUUUCACCUUCUAUUUAUGCUCAACAACAACAACAACGGCAACAACUGCAGCAGCAACAGCAGCAACAACAACAACAACAGCAACAACAACAGCAGCAACUACAACAACCACAUCCCUCAAACUCUUCAUUAUUAAGCAAUCUAGCAUUUGAGCGAAAUUCCUUACAACAAAAAAUAUAUUAUGGUAGGGGGCCAAGAACACAUCCAAAAAGUAUACCGCAAAACUAUCAGAUUUCUCAAAGCCCUCAAAUGCCACAGACUUCACAAGGUGCACAAAAUGCACUAGCUUCACAGGGGUCUCAAGUUCCACAGCCCUUUAUACCCCAAUCCCAAGUUCCUUUCCAAGCAACACAAUUUGCAACACCAGCGAAUACAAAUUCAUUCAAUGGUCCCGGAUACUAUCCGAUUCCAUUCUUUUAUCAUCCAUCUGCUUCUGGUAUAGCAUAUGCUACAUACCAACCUCCGCCAGCUCUCCUUCCGCAUCAUGCUUACCCAGCUCCUCCUACUCUGUACCCAAUGAAGAAUUUUAAGCAACCUAUAGCAGUAGCACAGCCUGCGCUGUCGUCCAAUUUCGAAGAGGAGAAUUACAGUCCACCACCAAUGGCCCCUGAAGGUUCCGAAAAAUUGGAGCAAAGUUUAAAUGAGGCUGACCGUGCCCACGAAUUAUUCCAAGACUUGUCUUUAGACCAUGACAAAUCCCAGCAACCAACGAGGUUAUAG